AUGUCGAAAACUAAUUAAAAUCCACACAUUUCCUAAAAAUCUGUAUUUGAACGUAGCCAAAUAACUAACGAAAAACCUUUCCGUUUUUUAUGCCUAAUUUAAUAAAUUUAAACAUAAAACCGCAGCAAGAAAACACGGAGAAUAAAAAAAAGCAAAAAGGAAACUUAAUUCCGAAAAUUGCGGGGAGGGCUACUAAGCUUACGUGGAUGGGAUCUUUUUCUUAAACUGCUUUAAUAUAUUUUAAGAUUUUAAGAUAAAUGAUUGAACUCUUUACAUAAACUAUAAAAUAAUUUAUUACAUGCGAUAAUUGUAAUGAUGAGAAAAAACCAAUGAUAGUAAAUUUGUUAUUACUAAUUGAUCUCACACUUAUAUACUAGUAUCAUAUUUAGUUUAUAAAUUCUAACUAAUUCAUAUAUUUUAUUUAACAACAACUUUUAUCUAUACAACAUAUAAUAAAUAAUUAUCUUUCAAAUUAUAAAUGAGACAUAUUUGAUCAGGCAUUCAAAGUCUUAAACCAUCUUAUUUUAUGAAAUGUAUAAUUUAGCGAACCUAUACACUAUCAACAAACAAUUAUAAGCUAUAUAUUAAUUUGCUAAUAAGCGUCUACCCUAACUGCAUCGUUAACAGGUUGUCGAACCAACGGAUAAGUUGAACUCUACAAGCCAUAGAGUUGAGCUGACUCGUGAGCCUCUAGGGAUGGCAAUUUGAACUUGUCCCGCCGAGUAUUACCGAACUAACCCAUGAUGGGGCGGGUAUUAACCGACCCGCAGUAGCGUGGGGCGAGACAUGGGUAUCUACCUCAAUUACUUAUCGUAUCUAUUCAUAUUUCUCCUAUUUUGACUUUCAUUCAACUAGUUUACUUGAUAUUUCAACUAGUUAAGCUCAACUACGCAUCUAUUAUCACUAUUUUCAUUCAUAAAGUAUGUUCCUUUGUUUUAUUGUAGAAAGUAAAAUUUUCCGUGUAUUUUUCCAAAUAAAUGUAAGCGCGGGUAUUACCCGCCCGCCCCGUACCCGCGCGAGUAUUGCCCGCCCCAACCCGUAGUAACGUGAGGCGGGACAUGGGUAUUAAAGUACCCGCCCCGUCCCGCUCCAUUGUCAUCAUUACGAACCUCACAAGCUAAGAAAUACUUAACACAACUCGACUUGUUAAUAAAUGAGUUGAGUUUAUAAGGAUCAGGCCUAGAGGUAAUAACUCAAUCUCAGCCCUAGAGCAUCUGGUCCGUUGAAGCAAACAUUAAUGGAAAACAACAAAAGGAUCAGGCCCGUUGAAUCAAUCGGCCCACAGCAGACGUGACAGAUGCAGCCCAUCGAAUCAUCCACCGUCCACCGCUCCAGAUCCAAGUCCAACAACUCAGUUGACUACUGCAUUCUCCCUCCCUCUAUUCCCGAAAUUCGAAUUUCCAGAAAACGCCGUUCUCUGUCUCUCCCUCUCCAGCCUCGAUAACGGCUAGAUUGCUCCUGGCUUCCUUCUUGUCCGUUCGGCUUUUCCCAAACCCUCCCUCCUCUUUUCUCGCCACCUUGCCUGAAAUUCUCUGCCUCUCUUCCCUCUCCGGCUGCAGAACUUCUGGAUUCACUCCUCUCCGGCGGCGGCGUGACUAUCAAGAACCAGAGAUGAAGCAUUUCAUGCUUCCCAGGAACCCGGUCUUGCGGGAAGCUACUAGCAACGAGGCUCCCACUCCUCCUCCUCCGCCGGCUUCUCUGAAAUCGAAGCCUCUUUCAGCUUCUCCUUCACCGUCAAUUCCUCCUCGGCGCCACAAGCUACUCAAGGAGAAUGCUCCGCCGCCGCCGCCGCCGCCGUCAGAUCUCAAUUCCGAUCUCAAGCAGCAGCCGUCUCCUUCUCCCUCUCCGGCUUCUAAGAUCAGGAGUCCCCUCCCUCCCAAGCCUCCUUCCUCUAACCCGUUGAAACGGAAGCUGAUCAUGGACGGGGCUCAGGAUCCCUCGCCUUCCGAUUCUGGUGUUCAGGUGAUUGUUAGAAUGCGUCCAUUAAGUAAGGACGAGGAAGGAGAAUCGACAGUCCAGAAAAUUUCCCAUGAAUCCCUCAGCAUCAACGGACACAAUUUCACCUUCGAUUCUGUUGCUGAUAUAGAGGCAACACAGCAAGACAUUUUCAAGCUUAUAGGAGCCCCUCUCGUCGAGAAUUGUCUAGCUGGAUUUAACAGUUCAGUAUUCGCCUACGGACAGACUGGGAGUGGAAAGACAUACACUAUCUGGGGUCCUUCUAACGUCUUGUCAGAAGUUGGCUCCUCAAGUGAUCAACAAGGCUUAACUCCUCGUGUCUUCGAACGGCUCUUUGCCCGCAUAAACGAGGAGCAAAUCAAGCAUGUUGACAGGCAACUCAAGUAUCAGUGCCGGUGCUCUUUUCUAGAGAUUUACAAUGAACAAAUUACUGACUUGUUGGACCCAACUCAAAGAAACCUCCAGAUACGAGAAGAUGUGAAGUCUGGUUUAUAUGUUGAAAAUCUGACAGAGGAGCACGUUUUCACAUUGAGAGAUGUAACCCGGCUACUGAUAAAGGGAUUAUCCAAUAGGAGAACUGGUGCAACCAGUGUUAAUGCAGAAAGUUCCCGCUCACACAGUGUCUUUACCUGCAUUGUUGAAUCAAGAUGCAAGAGCAUGGCCGAUGGCAAAAGCAGCUUAAAAACAAGUAGAAUAAAUCUUGUUGAUCUUGCUGGGUCAGAGAGGCAGAAAUUGACUGGGGCUGCUGGGGACAGACUGAAGGAAGCUGGAAAUAUUAAUCGAUCUCUCUCACAGCUUGGAAACUUGAUAAAUAUACUAGCUGAAGUGUCACAGACAGGAAAACAGAGGCAUAUACCUUACAGAGACUCCAAGUUGACUUUCCUGUUGCAGGAAUCACUUGGAGGCAAUGCAAAAUUAGCAAUGGUUUGUGCUGUUUCACCUGCUCAAAGCUGUAAGAGUGAGACUUUUAGCACAUUGAGAUUUGCACAGCGUGCAAAGGCAAUAAAGAACAAAGCGGUUGUCAAUGAAGAAAUGGAGGAUGAUGUGAAUAAUUUGAGAGAAGUGAUACGACAGCUAAGGGAUGAGCUCCACCGGGUGAAGGCAAACAAUACCAACCAAACAGUGUCUGAAUAUCAGCCUAUCUGUAACAGCAGAUGUGAAGUAGAAGAUGUUGAUAUGGAAGAAGGCACAUCUGAACAAGUUGACGAUGGGAGUAUUUCUGUUGGAGGCUGCACUGAUCCUGCUGCUAGUACAACUCCAGAUACAAAUGAUAAGGCAGCCGACCACACUUCAAGUGAAGCCAUGGAGCAUGGUGCAUUGACUGCCACCUCUGAUUCUCAACUCGGAGUCUCAACUGGAGCUAUGCUGCCGGUUCUCAAGUCACCUACUCCAAGUGUUUCUCCCAAAAUCACUGGCAGCAGGAAGAGUCUGAAGACUUCAUGCAUGUUGACUGCUUCUCAGAAAGCAUCUAUUGAUGGUCGAGAGUCAGACCAGGAGAAGUCAUUGGCUCUUGCAAAACCCAAAUUAAGCUCUUCAGCUCUGGCUACAAGCAGAAGCGUUUUCACAUCGACUGACCAGUUAGCAGCGAGCAUCCAUCGGGGAAUGGAAAUUAUAGACAGCCAUCCAAGAAGUUCAGCUCUCAGGCGGUCGGCUUUUAGAUUUUCGUACAAACCUGCUGCCGAAACUCAGCCAAUCCCCAUCGUCGAAAAGUUUGAUGUUGGAGUCCAGACAAUGUCUCAUGACAAUGAUCAGGUGGAGUACAUAUGCAAGAUAUGCAAGGGAAAAGCAGAACAGGAGGUAAGUGGCAUUGAUGACUGCUGCUCAAACCUUCAGUUGGUGCCUGUAGAGGGCUCAGGCUCUCCCGAAAGGUCCAAAAUGCUAGUCCCCAAAGUGGUAAGUGGCAUUGAUGACUGCUACUCAAACCAUCAAUUGGUACCUGUUGAGGGUUCAGGCUCCGCCGAAAAGUCCAAAAUGCUAGUUCCCAAAGCAGUGGAGAAGGUUUUAGCUGGAGCUAUCAGAAGAGAGAUGGCUCUUGAAGAGUACUGUGCAAAACAGAAUUCAGAAAUUAGGCAGCUUAACCGUCUGGUGCAACAAUACAAGCAUGAGAGGGAAUGCAAUGCUAUCAUUAGUCAGACAAAGGAGGACAAAAUUCUGCGUCUUGAGAGCCUUAUGGAUGGUGUCCUACCUACAGAGGAAUUCGUGGAGGAAGAGUUUGCAUCACUCAUGCACGAGCACAAGCUUCUCAAGGACAAGUGUGACAACCAUCCUGAAGUCUCGAGGCUGAACAUUGAGCUGAAAAGAGCUCAGGAAGAGCUGCAAAACUACCGGAAUUUCUGUGAUCUAGGUGAAAGAGAAGUGCUUUUGGAGGAACUUCAAGACUUGAGAAGCCAGCUACAGUUUUACGUAGACUCCUCGUCAGCAUCUGCUCUUAACAGGAGAUCUGUAUUACAGCUCACAUAUCUCAAUGAACAACAGCCCAAUCUUGGCAUAAUCCUAGAGUCUACAGAGGAUGGUGCUGAAGAGAAGCCCGAGUCUAGUGAAGAUGGUGCAGAAGAAAAUCUCGAACAAGAGAGAGCUCGCUGGACUGAAGCUGAGAGCAAGUGGAUCUCCCUUGCUGAAGAGCUGAGGGCAGAACUCGAUGCCAGCAGGACUCUAUCCGAGAAACAGAAGAUCGAGCUGGACAUCGAGAAGAAGUGCACUGAGGAGCUUAAGGAAGCCAUGCAAAUGGCCAUGGAAGGGCAUGCUCGGAUGCUUGAGCAAUAUGCAGACCUCGAGGAGAAACAUAUUUUACUUCUUGCAAGGCACCGGGACAUCCGGAAUGGAAUUGAGAACGUCAAGAAAGCAGCAGCUAGAGCUGGGGUGAAGGGUGCCGAGUCUAAGUUCAUCAACUCACUCGCUGCAGAAAUUUCAGCAUUGAGAGUGGAAAGAGAGAAAGAGCGUAAAUACUACAGAGAAGAAAUCAAAGGGCUUCAGGCUCAAUUGAGAGACACGGCCACUGCUGUACAAGCCGCUGGGGAGUUGCUGGUGCGACUCAGAGAAGCUGAAGAAGCUGUCGCUGUUGCUCAGGAACGUGCUAUAGGGGCAGAGCUGGAAGCUGCAAAUGCGGCCAAAAAGAUCAAGAAGUUGAAGACCAAACACGAAGAAGAGAUCGGAUCCUGGAAGAUGCUUCUGGCCGAGUCACAUCUAUCAAAAGAGGCCAUACCACCACCAGACUUGCCAGAGUGCUCUCCUUCCGCGGCUAAAUACGAUGAAGGUGGAGAAUGGAGAGAGGCCAUACCACCGCCAGACUUGCCGGAGUGCUCUCCUUCCGCGGCUAAAUACGAUGAAGGUGAGGAAUGGAGAGAGGUGUUUGAGCCAUCGUCGUGGUUCUCGGGGUACGAUCGUUGCAACAUAUGAAUAAGGAGAGAAGCAGAGAUCAAAACUAUUUUGCAGCAAUGUUCAAAGGGGGUCAGUCCAGUGUGUAUAUUGUGUAGUAGAAUAGAUAAUGUAUCAGUCUUGCCGUGUAUGUUUGUUGUUUACUUAGUUAAUAGUCGUUGUUAUUGGUUGCUGGUGGUGGUUACUUCUCCUCACCAUUCUGUGAGGAUUUUGUGACCGACCAACUACAGAAGAACAUUGUCACUCUUACUGUAUUGCAAGUUCCAAACAAGAUUCUCUCUGAUAAUGCACAUACUUUUACAAUUUACAAACAAGAUUCUAUCUGUAACUAUUUUUCCUGAUUUUCUUGCUAGAAAGAUCACAACUCUUCUUUCGGCAUGCACCCUUUCGCUAUCAAAAUUUAGCAUACUAUUUUAUCAAAAAUUUCGUCAAAUGACAACCAUGGAAAGAAGAUACCCAUACAACCAGCAGAAAUGGCGGCUUAAGUUAUGUACAAAGAAAAGGGACAAUCUAUGCUUUACCCUAUCACAAAACCAGGACCUUUCAACAAUCAACACAUUCCAACAAUGAAAACACACAAACAAG